AGCCAGCUGGCUGGGGCACCGCUUUACUCCCAAGCAAUACCUGCAAUCGAGGUUUCCUCCCCAGGAGAUAGCAGCCUGUGAGCAUGGCUCAAGCGUUUGUGAACAGCAAAAUCCAGCCUGGGAAGGUAGUUGUGUUCAUCAAGCCCACCUGCCCCUACAGCAGAAGGGCCCAGGAGCUCCUCAGCCACUUGUCCUUCAAACAAGGGCUUUUGGAAUUUGUCGAUAUCACAGCCCGCGAUGACACCAGCGAGAUUCAAGAUUAUUUGCAACAGCUCACAGGAGCCAGAACGGUACCUCGGGUCUUCAUCGGUCAAGAGUGCAUAGGUGGAUGCAGUGAUCUAGUAAACAUGCAUGAGACAGGGGAGUUGUUGAAAUGGCUUAAGCAAAUUGGAGCUGUAAAGGUCUGCUUAUAGGUGAGUGACAGGUGGGACGCCGGGCCAGGAACACUGGGAGAUGGUGGAAUUCUACUGCCACGUUUUAUUACAAUCUAGGAAGGCACUCUGGCUAGGGAAAGAAUGAUCUGGGGUGAUUUGAGGAACUGUGACGUCAUGUAUGAGUUUCCCAUUUUACAAAUGGAUUAAUUUCAUCAAUGGGAGGAAGGCUUUUCACUCAACCUUGAUUUAACAAAUAUUUAUUUAGCACUUACUAUGUGCCAGACACUGUACGAGGCACUGGGAAUACAGAGAUGAACAAAGAGAUAACAUGGAACUUACAUUCUAGAGAGGUAGACCAAUCAAAAACAAGUAAGUAAAUAAUUCCUGAAACAAAUGAAUAAUUUGAUAGAACAUGGCAGGGGGAUGGGGAGCAAAUUAAGCUAAUGUGGUAAGGGAAGGCCUUUUUCAGAGGGGCUGGCUGAGCUGAGACAACAAGGAGACAGCCGUGUACAGAUGAAGCAGAAGGGCUUUUCAGGCCGAAGGAAUGAUAGCGAGUACAAAGGCCCUGAGGUGACCAGUAUGGAAUAUUCAAGGGACUGAAAGCAAGCAAGAGCAGACUGAGUGAAGCGCAGAAAGAAGGAAAAGUAGUAACAAAUGUGGGCAGGGACAAGAGCACACAGGCCAUGGUAAGCAACCUAGAUUAUUCUAAGUGCAAUGUGAAAUCAAGGUAAUUUUUGCUUUACCUGUGUUCACCCUGCAAAUCAAUUCAAUCUAAUUGGCUUCCCAAAUGACAAAACAAAGUUUUCUAAAAUUGUAACCUAAAGGAGAUCUUUGACUGAAUGGAAAACCAUAGGGUGAUGUAUUCUUCAGAAAGGAAUCAAGAUACCUUUGUGGUCUGAUGGUCUCCCCUCUCCCCAGCUCUUGUUAGUGCAAGCUAGCUUCUAAGCAGGCCAAUUGCACUGACUCACACGUGGAAAGACUCUGUUUUAGCCAAAGGAUAAAGGGGUUCAAAUUAAAAUGUUCUUUGAAGAGUAUUUAUUGCCCACUAAUUAAUGAUUAACCCUUGAGCAAUGAGUAUAUAAAAUUUGUGGUGGUUACUCAGAAUAGCAACAGGAAGUGAAAAAGCAAGGUCUGAAAAAUGCAACUGAAUCCCUUGAAAUAAAAUAGUCAAUGUUAUAAACUUUUAUUCACAAUUCUACAACAUCAUCCCCUCAAAUAAACACUGUGUCUGUUUGGGUUAGCUUUCUGGCCUCACCCCAUGCACCAAAAGCACUCAAAACCCAAUUAACUGCUGUACCAAAUGUUUCCUUUUCUGGAACACUCUUUAGCAAUUUAGGCUUAGAUGAGAAUGAAAGAAAACUUACAACUUUCCUGGGAAGGUGGGAAACACCAUUUCCCCAGCUACCUCUAUGUUGGCAUGGACACUAGAGUCCGCCAUAUUCCCCAGGUCUCUUUAUCUGCGUUGUCCUUCAGUAUAUUAUGCCCUCAGUAUUCUACUGGCAACUUGCAUCUCAAGGCCAUCUGUAACCAAUUAUGCUUAAACAGCAAGAGCAAGUGUUCUGGUAAUGAAGGGAAAUGAGAGGAAUUGAUCUUCUCCAAGAAAAUCAAAUUCUUUGUAUUUUUUCCUAGAAGAGCAGACCCCAGGCUGCUAUCCCCCUUGAAACCUUGAUGGCAUUGCAGAUAACGACAGCACUUCCUGGUGGAUGGACCUGGGGCUACGUUUACCCAGCUACAGCAACUGUUUACUUAAAAGUUUGAAAUAUGUUAACGCAAAUAAAGUGGGUGGGGUGCAUUUUGGGGGGCAAAAACAGCUUUUUCUUCUUUUGACUCUGUAUUAAAAGGGGACCAACUUGCCCAAAACAACAGGACUGAGAAGUUCGAUGGGUGUCUCGGGUUUCUUGUGGAUUGGCCCUUUUGUUUCCAGAAAGACAAGAUAUGCUUAGGAUUCACUCACUGACCCAAAAGGGGUUCCUUCUCUUUGGCACAUGUUCCUUACUACGUGUUCUCCACAUGCUGGGGCUCCUCUACCUCAACACCAGUGUUUCUCAAUCAAGUAUAUCCCAGACCUCCUGGGUCGAAUCUAUAGUUGGUUUUCUGCUACUGUCCAAAGAUUAUUUUGUUGAGUUUGACUUUAUAGAAUUUGUAUUAUGAAAUCAAUAGAUAUUCUGAAUAUGCUUUUUCAAAGGGUAUCUCCCUAGCCACCAUCCCUACCCCACCUCCUACCCCCUCCUACUGUGAGAAUCACUGCCGUGAACCAGUGUUCUGAACCGUGACAACUCAUAGAUCUCAUAGGAAAUAUUCAACAAUUCCAUGAAGGGUCUGAGCACACAGUCUGAGACGCCACUGAAAAGUUAAGCACGGUUGGUCUUCAUUUUGGGCCACAGGGAUCAGAGGUACAAAUGCAGAUGUUAUAAUCACAUGGCAGCACUGUUACGUAAGAUGGUUGUCCAGGGAAUCCUGAACAAGUGUGUAUUGAUUUGUUUAUAAACAAAAGUAAAACAUAAAAUUUUAAAUGUCACAUAGAAAACUUGUAUCCCCACCUCCAAGAAUGUGUCUGUGAAAGUAGCCAAAUUUGGGAAACUCUGUUCUAAAUGAUUUUCUCUCUUUCUUUCCCCCUCAUUCUAUGAAAACUUAAGAAUUCCUUAUUGUGAAGGGUGUUCUAGAAUUGCAAGAUUAAUUUCCCUCUGUAGUCUCUAGUAUGAAUGGUUAAUUUCUUCUCUAAUAAAGAAGUACCCAUGGAUCACA